UUGGUUAGCCUACUUGAAGCAUCCGGGAACCUCGCCAUAGUAGUAGACAUGGCGGGUAUCAACCUGGCUAAAUGACGAAAUAAAUUUUGUUUGCUAAUAUAAGAACGUGUUAAUUUCAUAGUAAAAGUGUUGAUACUGAAAGACUAAUUAAGUUGUAUUGGAUUAGGACAAAAAUGCAGAAUGUCGGACAGUCUGAAAACCGAAAUAUCGAUAAGGUGAAUGUGCAACUUGAUGUGGUAAAAUCAUCCACUCCUCACAGUUCGGCUUCAAGUCCAGCCAAAUCUGAAACCGAAACGUAUUCUGGAGUGCCUGCCAAAUACAUGACGGACUCUUCGGAAAGCGAGGAUGAUUCUGUAUCCGAGCAGGAGAUGGAAGAGGAAGCUGGUGCUGCGGAGUCAUCUAAGUUCCUACUCUCCCAUGAUGACCCCGAAAGAGCAGUUGAUCCAGAGAUGCAGGCUCGGCUUGAAACACUUCUAGAAGUAGCUGGCAUCGGCAAGUUGUCUGGCGAGGGCAAGCACCUCGCGGAUCCCGAGGUGCUGCGGCGGCUGACGUCGUCGGUGUCGUGCGCGCUGGACGAGGCGGCGGCCGCGCUGACACGCAUGCGCAGCGACCAGCCCCCCGCACACCACCGUCACCAUCACCAGGAUAAACCGUAAGUUACACACGCACACA